GUCCGAGGACACGAAGGGUGAAGAAACCGUCAACGGGGAAGACGUCUCCGAGCGCCGGGAGUGGCGGAUCCGCCCAGACUGCCGCCGAGGAGAAGAGGCCGAGGACGGCGUUCUCGGGGGCCCAAUUGGCCCGUCUGAAGCACGAGUUUGCGGAGAAUCGGUACCUGACUGAGAGGAGGCGGCAACAGCUCAGCGCCGAGCUCGGAUUGAACGAGGCCCAAAUCAAGAUCUGGUUCCAGAACAAACGAGCGAAGAUCAAGAAGGCCUCCGGUCAGAAGAACCCUCUGGCCCUGCAGCUCAUGGCUCAGGGCCUCUACAAUCACUCCACGAUACCACUUUCCAAGGAAGAGGAGGAACUACAGGAGCUGCACAACUCCAAGAGCACAUAGGGAAUGUAAUCGACUGAACGUGUAUGUAAAUAAGUUAAAUUAUUAAAUCCUCUAUCUCUCAUAUUCUUUCAUUACAUCCAUCCAAUCCUAUACUUUAAUCAACAACAAA